GAUGGAAGCCUCGAAUCAGGAAUGCUGGUCUUUAAAUUGACAGAACCCGAGAGGUUACUACUGCAAAGAUCACAGAGAGACGCUCUGCCAUAAGUGCUGAGAUGCUUUCCAUUUCCAAUGCAACUUCCAAAUUAUUCCGAAAGCAGACGAGGUCACUGAAGCAAUUGAGCUCUUGACACAGCUUGUCAAGGGUCUUUGUCAAGAAGCCAAGAAGUAUGGGCUACUGGCUAAGAUCAAAGGACUUCAGGGAUCUUUGGAUACUAUAGCUCAGGUUGUACAGAAAUUAGAAGAAACAGCUACCACAGCAGUGAAGAAUGAUGAAUUCUUGAAAUAUGCAGAAAUUAAGCUAGAAGCAAGAUAUAUCAAGAGAGAUAUAUUGAAUUCAAAAUAUGGACAAUGUGAAAAUGGUCCUAAUAACAUCUUUGAGUUACUGUUUUAUUCAAAGAUGUUUGACCUAACAAAGCCUAACGGAAAGAAAAAAUAUGCAGAAUCUGUAGAGGAGUCUCAUCCAAUCUCUCAAAAUAUAUUGGAGACUCAAGGUGAAACUACCAAGCCUUUGAUUUUUUCAUUUGGGAAAGAGGAAUAUAAAUCAGAGAGCAAGGAUAAUGACAAUAAAUGCAGUGAUUUCGAAGAGACUGAUGAGAAAGAAGAGUCGAAAGAUUAUCAAAAUCAAACAAAGGAACAACAGAUUAUCAAAGAAUUGCUUGAAAAAAUUCAAGUUUUAGAGGAGAACAGCUUAAAAGAUGAAGUGAUUAAGAAAGAUCAACUUAAAGAUCUUGAAGAAAUGAAAAUCAAUCUGGAAGCAGUAUGAAGUGAAAACACAAAGCUUAAACAUAAUAUUAUUGAGCUGCAUCAUGUAAUCAAGAAGAAUGAAAAGCCACUAAGAGAAAUGCGUCAAGCCAAUUGUGAAGAAUUAUACAAUGAUAUUUACAAUGAUGAAGUAAAAUUCGAUUCAUCGACUGAAUUGGCUUUAGACUUUUUCGAUCUCACAUCAAGGAAGUUUAUAAAACAGUGUAACAAGAAUAGAAUUGAACUUCCAGAGAUUAAAGGUCUAUCCUUGUAUAAUAUAUCCAAAGAUUUCCUAAAGAUCUUAGAUGAUUUCUUAUCUAAUUCAAUAGUAGAGGAAUUAUCUAUCUUUCGUCUUGAAAAGCGUGACAAACAAAGGAAUGAACCAAAAAUAGUCAACGGGUUAUCUAAAGCUCUCCCACAUGUGACAAGUGAAAUAUUUUUGAAAGAUUUUACAUUCUGAAAAAACAGUUUCAAGAUUAUUAUGGAUAGAACAAAUCAGGUGUUUAGGCUAAUUUUUAAUGCUUGAACAAUAGAUAUAUCUGAGGAAACUGAAAUAGACAUUGAGUAUUCUAAUAUGAAUUAUCUGAGUUUUGUCCGGUCAAAUAUUCAAUAUGUUGACAGCCAUCGAGUUUCUGAACUCUUGAUUGAAAUUAUAGGAAAAUCCCCGAUCCAGAGUUCACUAAGAACUUUGAAUAUUUAUCAAGCUGGCCUUGAUAAAUCAAAAGUGCAGAAAGCUUUAUUGAACAAAGGAAUGUUUGACAUAGUAAUCAUAAAUAACCGAGGUGAUAUAGUUCAAGAGGAUUAAUU